GGAAGAGGGAGGGAAAGGGGGACUUGGGCUUGGGAAUGGGGCAUAUUUGGUGAUUUCUUUCCUGCCUAGUAUAUUGCAGUCAAGUGAGCAAGUAUAAUCUUUGAUACCAGUGCCCUAAUUAGGGCUGAGGCUUAGAAAGAGAAACGAACUUCGGACGCCAACCUACUACAGUCCUGCGUCACUACCACUAGCAUAUUUCCAUGGUGGUUGAUACCUGACUAAGGCUCAAAAUGUAAAUGGAAUCAUGCCUGGCAACAAGACAACAACAGAGGGGCUGGUGGUACUGGACACUGUCACUGUCACUUUGUUUACCUUAUUUCCACAGUAGAAUUUUGUUCCACCAUCUUGACAUCCAUUCUUCUACUUGCAAAAAUUAUUAUUCCACCUUUCCUACACCAUAAAAUCACACAAUUGCUUGAUUCAAUCCUCCCUUUGCUGUGCCUAUAAACACUUCAUAUUGACAUUCACAUUCAUACUUUGCAUUUAUAUUUUACAUUAAUAUUUCACCUUGACACUCUACACUAAUAUCCUCCUCUAAUACUUCAUUCAUCAUUAUUUCACACCAUCACUUGCUAGCAGCACAUAGCCCUGCCUAUCUGCACUUCAGAGCAGCACCACAGCUGCCCUUCAAAUCAUUCGGUACAUUACCAAUACCAAAUCAUUACAAAAUUGCUCGACCCUGGAUCAAUCAUGCAGGGUAUCACUCAUCAACAGAAGUUGGACUUGCUCCGCGCAUGCCGAGGUGGAGAUGAGGACCAGUUCUUCACCCUGCUCUACGAAAUGGCUGCUUUUCUGCGAUGUUCCACCGGCGACAUCCUCCCUCAGAUCAUUGAUGGACUGGGACGAGGCAUUGUCCAUUAUGCAGCCCAGGGAUGGAGCCCCGCUGUCAAGAAGAUUAUUAUGCGCAGCAUCGGCUGCUUUGAGCCAUUCCAAACUGGAAAGCUGAAGCUCUUCCUCAACGGAAAGGACCGUCGCGGCAACACCCCGUUCCUGGAGGCCUGUGAGCGCGACGCCCACGAACUUGUCCGCAUAUUGCUGAUCACCCGCACCCCGAUCACCCAGAAGAACAACUUCUGCGAGACGGGCCUACAUCUUGCUGUGCGCAAAGGUCACCUAUUGACUAUCAAGCUCCUGCUUGAACGUGGGGCUCUUCUAAACUCUCAAAACAACAACGGAGAGACCCCACUACAUGUUGGUGUACGUGAGGGUAUGAUGUACCCUGUCGACGACCUCCUAGCCCACGGCGCAUCGAUCGGAAUUUGCAACCACUAGAACCGGACAGCAAUCGAUCUUGCCAUGGAGUGCAACGAUUUCGAAAUAGUAGCUCUUAUCGAAUACUAUGAAUGGCUUAGCUACCGAGCUGUCCUUGCCAGACAGUACGGAAAUUGAAUGGUAAUGAGAAUCAUAUUUAAUGAAAAAAAAAAAAGAAGUUGGUAUCAUGGUUGGGGUUGCGUUUAUAUCAGUAUCUUGGUAUCCCCUCUCGACGCUUAGCCCCUAAUAACUUAAUAUGGGCCACAAGAGUAGGACCCCAAAGUUACACAUACUUAGCACUUAUAUGUGCGAAGAGGCGGCAAAUUGCCAAAGCCUUGAACAACAAAAACUGCUUAGCAGAUUGAUGGAAAUGUUGUAUACAGGAUAGAGAGAGAGAUUAAUUGUGUUUGAUGGUGUUUUGGGCUGAAGUAUGUUUGUUUGGUUGAUUGCUUGCAAGAAGGAAGAGGAAAAGACAAAAAGAAAAGGGGGCGGUGGACUUGAAGUUAUAUUUAUUACUUUUCCUAUUAUUGUUUCCACUGUACUGAUUCUUAAUGUUAAUGUUUAUAUGUUAUUGUUACCAGUACUAUGAAGAUUCCACUGAAGGGAUUCUAUUGAAGGUGCGAAGUGAAGGGGUGGUUGGGUGAUGUGUGCUGUGACGUGAUCAGAAUGUCA